ACCUCGACCUCCCAAAGUGUUGGAAUUACAGGCAUGAGCCACCACGCCUGGCGUAAAUAAUAUUUUUAAGCAUCGUGGUAUAUGUACGAGAACUUUCAUUAUUGGGGUCUUUCUACCUUUGCUGAGGUCCCCUUUGUUUUCCAUGUUUCUUUUUCCUGUCUAGGGAGGCUGGCCCUGCUGCAGGAGCUAGCCUGGCCUGGGGAGGAUUUACCAGUGUUUGGGGUAAAAUAGAGUUUGUCCAGAGAAACCAACUAUAUCUUGCCAUCUAGAGGUGGGCAUCCGUUUGUCAUGGAGGGAGGCCAUAGGACACCUUCAUGAUAUCAGGGACUCACUGCUCUCUUCACGGGUCAGCACCUCUUGAGCUAGUUCUGGAGCAGGUGUGCUGACCUGGAUCUCAAAGGUGCAGAGCUUGGCCUGCCUUCUGCUCCUCCUCUUGGUUCUCCUUAGCUGCCCCUGCCACAGGUCUCGACCUCUUUCUUCCUCCUAAAGUUCUGCCCGCUGCAUGGGCAGGAGAUAGGGGACGGUCCAAGAGCAGCCUCAUGACAGCAGCCGAGACGGAGAAGAAGCCUGCCCUCCUAGCACACUGAGUUGGCACCGGAAGAAUGCACUGGCCAGGAGGCUUGGGCCGGCCGUGCCUGUACCAGCCUCGCCCUGCUGGUAGGUGGAGGCAGGGGGCCAGUACCGCGGGCCUGCCCGUGACUUGGAAGGCUGGUGCCCUCAUCAGCUCCUUCUUACACUUCUCCCAAACUUUUGCACACCCGGACUCUGGGAAACUCUGGUAAGGGUGAUGUCUGGAACAGGGAGCCGGUUUGUUCCUAUUCUGAGGUGAAGGUAGAAAUGACCUCCCUCUCAAGAGAUCUUCAGGCCCUUCUCAGAGCAGGAACAGGUGCCAGUUUUUGCUUCUUUGAACAAGAAUUUUAUGCUCUUAGCGUUUACUAAAGAAUAAUGAGACAUUUUUAAGUAUAGGGAGUGGAACAGAGUUUAAAGAAAAAAAUCAAAUAACUCCAGGCCUCUGUUUUCAUGGGACACAGAAGGAGGGGAGAUUGAGAAUCCUGACUCGCCUAAGAGCUUUAUGCUUAUCAUGUCUGUGGUGCUUGGAGCCUGUGGCCCAGGUGAUUUGGGGUUUGGGGACGCCUCAUGGGCAGAGAGGACCUUUGAGCAGCAUUGUGAAUUCGUGGGUUUGGGAUGCUGAUGAAACUGUUGAGAUUUGAAUGUAUUCCUUGUGCCUCAUUUUCCGCUUUAGAAAUAAAGCAAUUGGUGCACAUUUCCCUUGCACACUUGUCAGAGGGUCGCUUUCUGGUUCCAGCUGUCCUUGCACCUGAGACACAGAACUGGAAAGAGGAUGGGAAGUCAGUAGCGGUUUGGGGAAUUAGUGCUGGAUAAGGAUGGUAGUUGAAGCUGUGAGCUGGAGUAGGGCGAGGAAAUACUUCUUUGCUACCACUUCUGAAUGGAAGUGCAGACCGCGGUGCAGUGAAGACUACUGCAAAGCUUCCAGUUCCUUUUCUUUCUCAUGGCGCCUAGCUGCCGCUUCUUGCUCUUCCAGGAGAAUUUCUUUCUUUAUCUCUUGUCCCAGACUCAACAACAGAAUAGAAUCCAGCUGUCUCAGUGUCAAAUUCAAAGGCACCACAGUCUGCCUGGAGCUUGCUUUUCCAGCCUCUGUCCCUUGUGCCGCCCUUUCCACCUGUCUGGACUGCCCUCUCCCAGGCUCUCGCGUGGAGCCGUCUUGGACUAACCUGGGCCCUGCUCUUCUCUGACCCCCACUCUGCAUAGCGCCUUGCAGACAGCAUUUAUUUGGCAUUUACGGGCUGCCCGUUUCUUUUUUCUUUAAAAAGAAUAGUAACACAUGAGCUCUUUGAGGGCCGAAACCAUGUCUUUCCAGCAUUGUGUCUUCCACAGUAACUGACAGGGGGCCUGGUUUCCAUGCAGUGAACUUUUAAAAAAAUUGUUGAAUUAUGAGUCUGAGAAAUUAUUUUUUAAAACGUUCAUUUUCUCUGUUGGGAUUCCUGAGAUGCCUGUUCUGUGGCCAGUCGUUUCCUGUGAUUCUCUCUGAUGGCUGUGGUUUGUUUUAUAAGCUGGAUUGUGCGGAGUAUAUAUUGUGGCAUCUGUUUUCUUCAGAUAUGAGGAGGGCCACACUGCAUACUUCUUGGUUGCAGCUUUUUUUGUAACUUCGUUGUAGGCUGACAUCCUUUUCUCAUGUUGUCUGUGCCUAGAAUUAACUGAAAGUGCAGGUUUUUGCCACCUGCAGUCUCUGGCCUGGGUCAAGCUAAAGCCUUUGCCUAGGUUCACACACUGCAGGUAAACCCCGGCUGUGAUCCACUCUGUCGGCGUAGUGGAAGCUGGCCGUGUUAAAGGGAGAGCCAUAGUGAGCCUGGCACAUGAUGACUGAGCCUUCUGUAGAGAGUGACGGGUCAGAACUCACCUGCUGGGCUCUUUCAGUCCCCGAAGAGAGUGUGUAUGUGUGUAUGUGUAUCUGUGUAAAAACCAGUGAUGUCACCUCAAAAUAAGACAGCCCUUAGGACUAUGAAAAGUGCUAUGAGAAUAUUUACAGUACAAGAUAUUACUGAAAAGCAAGAGCUUAAUUCCACAUACAUGUGAAAUCCCUGAGAAACAUGGUAGUAGAUAACCAGCAUGGAUAGUCCAGGCUGUCUUCUCCGAGUGUGUUUGUAUCAUGUAAUUUAUCACCUGGUUAUUUACCAAGUGAUAAAGAAGGUCAUCAGGUGAUGGUUAAUACGUUUGAACUGAGCAGGGAGCAUGGCUAGAGGAAUCGGAGUUCUCCCUGUAGGAGGUAAGACUCGAUGGAUGGCGAGGAUGAGCUUCUGAACAAGAAGAAGGAAGCAAAGAGACAUAACUGAGCACUCUAGUGGAUCCAGGGAAAGUGGAGUCUUCCUUGGACCAGGAGGAGAGGUGGGAUGGCUUACUAGACAGCGAGCAGGAGGAAGACGGGGGCCCAGGGACAUGUUGCACUGGGACUCUCAAUCUACAUUUUGUAGAAUUUUAGAAUUUGUUUUUCAUGGACUUAGUAUGUUUCUUUUAAAUGAGUACUACUCUCUUGACACUAAAAGAAAAUUGUCCACACUAUGGCUGUUUCUUAAAAGACAGGCUGCAACGCAGAGCCAGGGUAUUUGGGUCAGGCCUGGUGGCACUGCCUGGUGAUGAGGACGUCUGUCCGCAUUCCCCAGCCAGCCCAACCCCCAUGCAUGGCAGUGGAGGCAGGGCUUGCAGAGGGGUGGGUGCCUUCCACGACGAUUUCCUAAUGGCAGGAGACUGGAAAGGAGGGAGCGUAUGGGAGUGUUUUUAGGAUUCCCACUCCCUCUCCCAUUGUUUAUCUAGAGCAAUGAUUCUUAACCAGGGCAGUUUUGCCCCACGGGGGACAUUCAGCAAUGCCUGGAGACCUUUUUGGUUGUCACACCUGGUUGUGGGGAAGCGGGAUGGGGGUGCUGCUGGCACCUAGUGGGUAGAGGCCAGGGACACAGCUAAGAACCCUGCAAUGCACAGGGAAGCCCUGCCACAAAGAGUGACCUGCUCCCUAUGCCAGUGAUGCCCAGACUGAGGAAGCCCGCUCUAGCACAGUGUUUCCCUUUUACUUUCUAGUUGUUUAAAAAAUACCUCCUCCCUUCUUAGUCAAAAGCUGUGUGUGGUCUGCAGUAACCUUGUAUUCUGUGUCACUUAGGGGCCUGGGUCUCUGGAGUUCAUGGUUUUGGGACUGGGGUCCCAAAUCCACAUGUUUAACAAGCGCCCUUGGUGAUUCUCGUGCCCUCUGAGGUUUGAGAGCUGCUAUCCUCAGGCUGUAGCCAUAUUUCUUGUCACCAGCCAUCUUGUAUUAUCAUCCCCAAGUUUCACUUGCCUAAUAUUCCAACCCGAUAUUAGGCAAGUGUCCUCAAAGGCGAUGCAGCAGCCUCUGGUGAAGAAAGAACCAUUGGUGGCUGCAAGUGCACUGGGUAGGAGGCGAGUCCUUCUUGGUAAAAAGGCUGGAGUGUCCCUCGUGGAAGUGGAGGGCAUGGGAUCCCUGGAGGAAGGGAGCAAAAGAUACUCCUCCUGAAGCCCCUCCAGGACGGUGCUGGAGCAGUCUGGUCAGUGCCACUGUGCCUGCUGACCUGAUGCGGGGCAGUGGGAAGGACUAGGCUUGUGCCUUUAGGGUGACAGAACAUCCACCCCUAAUCCAGUCUCUUAUUUAUCCAUGCAGUAAGGAGAGGGCAUCUGGAGUAAGGCUGGCAUUCUUGCAGUGAAAGCAGCAUCGGGCUUUUGCUUCUGAGGGAGAGAGGAAAGCAAGUGCAGCCUGUGUGCAAAUGCUGGCAGUGCCUCCCCUCCCCCCAGGAGGCCGGGAAUGGGGGAUAGUAGGAGGGGCUGGCUGUGACUGCAUUCAUGGAAAUGAGCCUGGAGGAGUGGAGCAGCACACACUUGGAUCGUCAGCUAGGGCUGCAGCUCUGCGCGUCCAUCUCUGCGCUCCGCACCAGCCUUCCCCACCGGGCCCGGCGCCUUUCCACCUGCAGGGCCGGUGCUCUCAGCUUUUGUUUUCUCUGGAAACCUUCUUCUCUGCCCCUGCUGUGCUGGCGCACACAUGCUGUCCUUGCUCCGGCUCUCCCUGCACCUACAGCUGUGGGAGCUCCCGGCAGCCUGGGACUGUGGGGUCGCUGCACGGAGCCACCAUGGCCUCUGACGCGGAGAGCUGUGACCUGCUGAGGCUUUGAUGUUGCUGCCCAGGGCUGGCCAGGACACUGGGGCCGCAGGAGAGGGGACUCACCGUGGUUCCCAGUGACCUGACCGCAGAGGAGCGUCAAGAACUGGAGAACAUCCGACGAAGAAAACAGGAGCUGCUGGCUGACAUUCAGAGGCUGAAGGAUGAGAUAGCAGAAGUAGCUAAUGAAAUUGAAAACCUGGGAUCCACAGAGGAAAGGAAAAACAUGCAGAGGAACAAACAGGUAGCCAUGGGCAGGAAAAAAUUUAAUAUGGACCCUAAAAAGGGGAUCCAGUUCUUAAUAGAGAACGACCUGCUGAAGAACACUUGUGAAGACAUCGCCCAGUUCUUAUACAAAGGCGAAGGGCUCAACAAGACAGCCAUCGGAGACUACCUAGGGGAGAGAGAUGAGUUUAAUAUCCAGGUUCUUCAUGCAUUUGUGGAGCUGCACGAGUUCACUGAUCUUAAUCUCGUUCAGGCACUACGGCAGUUCCUGUGGAGCUUCCGGCUACCCGGAGAGGCCCAGAAGAUUGACCGGAUGAUGGAGGCGUUUGCCCAGCGAUACUGUCAGUGCAAUAAUGGCGUGUUCCAGUCCACGGACACUUGUUAUGUCCUCUCCUUUGCCAUCAUCAUGUUGAACACCAGUCUGCACAACCCCAAUGUCAAAGAUAAGCCCACUGUGGAGAGGUUCAUUGCCAUGAACCGAGGCAUCAAUGAUGGGGGAGACCUGCCGGAGGAGCUACUCCGGAAUCUCUAUGAGAGCAUAAAAAAUGAACCUUUUAAAAUCCCAGAAGAUGACGGGAAUGACCUCACUCACACUUUCUUCAACCCAGACCGAGAAGGCUGGCUACUGAAACUCGGAGGUGGCAGGGUAAAGACUUGGAAGAGGCGCUGGUUCAUUCUGACCGACAACUGCCUUUACUACUUUGAGUAUACCACGGAUAAGGAGCCCCGUGGAAUCAUCCCUUUAGAGAACCUGAGUAUCCGGGAAGUGGAGGACUCCAAAAAACCAAACUGCUUUGAGCUUUAUAUCCCCGACAAUAAAGACCAAGUUAUCAAGGCCUGCAAGACCGAGGCGGACGGGCGGGUGGUGGAGGGGAACCACACUGUUUAUCGGAUCUCAGCUCCGACGCCGGAGGAGAAGGAGGAGUGGAUUAAGUGCAUUAAAGCGGCCAUCAGCAGGGACCCUUUCUACGAAAUGCUCGCAGCGCGGAAAAAGAAGGUCUCCUCCACGAAGCGACACUGAGCGUGCAGCCGAGGGCGUUGGUCUGCGUGGGCCUUGGAGCUCCCGCUCUUCUCCCGCCUCUCCACGGGUGCACUGCUGCCGAGCACAGCGUCCUCUGCCAGGCCCCGCCCUGGAUUCCUAGAGACUAGCUUCAGCUUUUGCUAUUUUUUUUAAGUGGGAGAAGGGUGGGCAAUUAUCACUGGGGAAGAGAGGACCGGCUGUCUGUCCAGCAUGGGCUCCUGAGCCUUCCUCUCUCACAGGGCAGAGCUCUUGUCGGCAGGGCAGCCUCCUGGCCAGUUUCUCUGCUCAGUGUUCUGGUAGCAGAGCUUGGAGCCAACUGUUUACCUCUUGGUUGUCCCCGUGAGGAAGUCUUCAAACCCUGCACCAUAAAUACAUGUAUGCAUAUAUUAUUAUAUGUUAAGAAAAACGGUGGAAAGGAAGAGAAGCCACGUACUAUAAAGAUCUAUUUUUUUUUUUUUAAGAGAGAACGUAGUGCUGUUCAGGUGCAUUCUGCCCUGGCUGCGCUGGGGAGCUUCUCCCUGGAGAAGAGCACCGGGGCUGUGGCCGAGGGGCAUCAGCCUGGGCCCGCGGCAGGGCCUGGCCCGCCUCUCCUGUGCUGUGGGAGCUCGCUGCCUGGUGCUUGUCUGGGCGAGAGAGACAGGUGAGGUCAACGGCGCAGAGGGCAAAGGCUCAGUGGGCCUUCAGACGACACAGUCAGACUCGGGGGCCUGCCCUGGCCAGGGGCGCAGCCGGCAGCUGCGUGCGGUCCGGCAGCUCCCGCGGAUGCUUUUCCAUCCCAAGUGCCUGCGGAGCGCCGAGGAGAGGAGAGAACUGACCGGACGCUUACGUUAUUUUCCUCCUUCAGAAUCCAAGUUCUUGUUGGGCUUUAAAGUAGAAAGUCAGCAUUUUCCUUGAGCUAAAUACCUAAUAACCAAAACUGUGAGGAAGGUUAUCGGGACAGAGGUUCCGGAUAACCUGUUUCAUUGUGGGUUUUCUUCCUCUUCCCCAGGCUCCAGUCCUCGUUCUAGAGGAAGGAGUAGGACUUCCCGAUCCCCGUAGGGCUUCAGCUUUUUCUGCCUCAAAACCGGCCCUAACUGGACUAUGGAUGCGUUUUGUGGUGGGCCCCCUAAGGGGAAGAUGGGCCUUUAUCUGCUCCGUGGGGUGCACUGGAGUGAGGGGGGUGACCGGGCCGCCUCUCGCAUCUGUCUUCCCCUGCAGGCACUGUGUGAGCUGGCCCUGCCCCUCAUUACAGUAUGAAGGGAGCCAUGACAUGCAGCAUUUUCCUGCCAUUCUCUCAGGGACUCUCAGGGCAGCUCCUGCCACUCUGCCAGGGCCAGCAUGCCAGUCCAGGCAGAGCAGGUGGCUGGCUGUCUGGCCGUCUCGGCCCGCCCCUCCACAGGACCCUGGACCAGGGCGGUGCAGGGCGCGGCCGCGAGGAGGCAGGUGGAGGAACUGCGGGUUUCCACAGGGCCGUGUCGCCACGGCUCCUCUGAUCCUUUAGGGUUGGCGAGCAUCUCUGGAAAUAGCUUUUGCAGAGGAGUGGUGGGAGGAAUGGAGGGGGACAGUCUGUCACCUCUCCGUCCCCGCCACUUUGUGUAGAUCCUACCUGGAGGGAAUGGCUUUAGGCACUUUUGUGCUAGAGCUUGUGAGGGUGACAGAAGAGGGUCCAGGCUGGAAACCUGAACUUUCUGGUGGGAGGACCAGGCGGGUGCCUGCCAAGGUCUGGGCGUGUUUGGGCUGGCGCUGGAGCCUGUCCAGCUGGCCCGGGCCCCAGCCUGGUUCUCACAAGUGUUUCCUAGACGGAGAGGCACAUGGGUCAGUAUUAGUCUAUUUAUCAGAGGUGUAAAUAAUCUAUGUAUAGUUUUUCUCCUUUUAGAUUAUUUUGUAUUUGUUUAAAAGAAGUUUUGUCAAAAUACAAAAAUAUAAAGAAAUGACUGAAAGUUGUUGACAGGGUUUUUAAGAAAUUAUAAUUAUUCGAAUUGUUUUUGUUUGUUUGUUUUUGCCUUGUAAACUAGCGCCAAGGAACUGCAGCAAAUAAACUCCAGAUCUGCCCAAGCCA